GCUUGAUAAAAAAGACUUUUACUUCGUUAUCAGACGGGAUGCGCUGAAACAGUUCCUUGGAAAACGCGUUAUUAAAUAGAAACAAUUUGGGAAAAGUCACAAGGGUCAUGACACUGCCAGUGUUAAUUAUGAAAUCAUAAGUGAGAACCAAGUAACGUACUAUGAUCGUUAGAUCACUAUCUAAUCUAUUUCAGGUCGAUGCGCUGUCAUGUAAGGUUUACUCAAGAUUAAUUACAGUUACAACUUCGCAAGAAUAACAUCGAAAGUGUUCCAAAAAAUAUUACGACCGUAAAAUAUUUCGUUCAGCAGUUUUAAGAUCGUUUUCGAACGUGAGGGAUUGUAGGGUGUUGGCCCACGCGUGUAGCAGUUGAUUUCAUUUACGGAGGUUACAUCUCGUUCUCAAUGCGAGAUUUUACUUUCGUAGCGCCUUUCGCUUUUCCCUGCUGCACCGACAGUUUCCUGAAAGUUUUUUCCUUUACUACGCGUUGAGCGAGUGUCACGCGUGUGUAUACAUACUAACCACACCUGGUUGAUUCACUGUGAAACACCAAUCCACACGCGGGCAAGAUGGUCGCGUGUGGUCUGUACGCGUCGAUUGGGCGCGUCUGUUUUUACUUCUGGCUUUUUAUGGAUGCGGCAUGGUGUCAAGAACAAAUAGCCUCGGGUAGUCGCUACUACAGUCGCGAUGGUGUGUACGUACCGUCAAGCGGGCCUAAUCAUCGAACUGACACUUAUUUUUAUAAAGAUAGAAGGUAUGGGUAUCGGCCCAGUUACCUAGAUCCUGUUUAUAGAGGACCCACCAGAGUACCUGGAGAUAGAUACCAUUAUGAGGAUACAACUUCGAGGCUCCCUCUGCCAGGAAUAUUGGGUGGUUGGCGUGAAGAUCUUCAAGGAAGAGAAAGACCUGAUUCCAAGAGCUUGGAUAGAGACGUGACAGUUACCACAAAUUAUGGACAAGUACAAGGAUUUAAAGUUUAUUUAUACGAUGAUCCACGUGCAAGGCAUAGGCCAUGGAGUCAACCAGUUGAGAGAAGCACGAACAAUGUUAAUGUAUUUUUGGGCAUUCCUUAUGCUACUCCUCCUACUAAGGAAGGUCGCUUUAAACCACCUAGGCCUCAUAAAGGUUGGCAGUUACUGCAAGCUGUUGAUUGGGGUCCAGCUUGUCCUCAACCUAGCGCCUAUACUGGUGCUACUAAAGGAAUUAGAGAUGUAGACGAGGACUGCUUAUAUUUAAACAUCUUCACUCCGUCUAUUGAUGCUGGUUUGGCUCAGGCAUAUCCAGUAAUGUUUUAUAUUCAUGGUGGAGAGUUUAUACACGGGGCCAGUAACUUAUUUCCAGCUCAUAUGUUGGCUGCAUUCUAUAAUGUAGUUGUUGUGUCAAUUAACUACAGACUGGGAGCAUUGGGAUUUCUCAGUACAGGAGAUGAGAAUAGCCCUGGGAAUUAUGGAAUUUUAGAUCAAGCUAUGGCAUUACGAUGGGUGUAUGAUAAUAUUAGAGCCUUUAAUGGUAAUCCUGAUGCAAUAACGCUCUUUGGUCCUGGUGCUGGUGCAGCAAGUGCUGGAUUGUUAAUGGUUGCACCUAGAACCAGAGAAAUGGUGUCAAAAGUAAUAGCUCAAUCAGGUUCUGCAUUAGCAGACUGGGCAGUUAUAAUCGAUAAAUAUAGAGCACAGAAUACAUCUAGAGUGUACGCAGAAAUGUUAGGCUGUAAUAUAGAAAGUAGUUGGAAAUUGGUGCAAUGUUUAAAAGAUGGCAGAUCUUUCCUUGAGUUGGGUAAUUCUGAUUUAAAACCACACAUUGGAACAUUUCCAUGGGCUCCUGUGCUGGAUGUUAAUUUUACUGUUCCACGUGAUAAUUGGUAUGAAGACUGGAGAGCAUCAGAUUGGCAUUUUUUUACUGGGACACCAGAAAAUAGCAUAAAAAAUGGUUGGUUUAAACACAAUUUGGCAUAUAUGACAGGUGUUACCACUCAGGAAGCAGCAUAUAUGAUACAUAAUAAUGCUACAUUGGCAAGAAAUCAGUAUAUAAUUGAUCCAGAAUUAUUUGAUAAAAAAGUUUGGGAAUUCAUUCUUCAAUAUAAUUACACUCUUAAUCCCCAAGGCGUUUAUGAGGCUAUAAAAUAUAUGUACACAUAUUGGCCAGACCCAAAUAAUGUUACAUAUAUUCGUGAUCAAUUCAUUAAUUUACUGACUGACUUUCAUUACGUGGCUCCUUUUGAUAAAAUUGCAAAAUUGCUAGUGGAGAAACGUGUACCUACUUAUUUGUACGUAUUAAAUACAACUGUGGAGGCAUUAAAAUUACCACAGUGGCGUAGAGUGCCACACAAUACUGAACUUCUUUGGUUAACAGGAGCACCUUUUAUGGAUGUUGAAUUUUUCCCAGAAAAAUGGAAAUUGCAAAGAGACAUGUGGACAGACAACGAUCGAAACAUGAGCCACUUCUUUAUGCAAGCAUAUGCAAAUUUUGCUACAUAUGGAAAUCCUACACCGUCACAAAUUUUGGGAUUGCACUUUGAAGUCGCUAAACCGGGAGAAUUACGGUACCUGAAUAUUAAUACUACUUUUAAUAGUUCAAUUUUAUUAAACUACCGACAAACGGAAAGUGCCUUUUGGUCCAUUUACUUGCCAACUGUUAUUGGUCGAUUGGUACCUACAUAUCCUCCAGUCACAGAGUAUUGGUGGGAACCAAAACAACCUCUUCAAAUUGCAUUUUGGUCAGUUUCUGCAGCAUGUUUACUGCUGAUCGUACUUGCUGUGGUGUGUUGUAUGCUUUGGCGCAAUGCCAAAAGACAAUCUGAUCACUACUAUAGCGGAGACAUCCUGAUGGUACGAGACGACGAGCCAUCGGAGGGAAUCGAGAAUAUGACUCGUUCAUCGAAAGAAAACGUUUAUGAAUACCGUGACAUGCCACCAGCCAGGUCCAGAGUACCACGACAGAACGAAACUAAACUUCAAGAACGACUAGCGCACAAUCGGAAAUUCAGUUCGACUCCGUCCCUUAGAAGUAAUUCUAACGUCUCGCUGAAAGAUAUGCGUUCAGAAGGAUUUGUUACCAGUUCACCAAACGGACAACCCAGGUUGAGCAAAGCUGUGAGCCAAUCGUCACUCCCUAAAAGCAAGACUCACUUAGUUCAAGGUGUUCCACAAACAGCUGUAUGACAUCUUUUAUGGUGCAUCUUUAUUUUUAUUAUGGUCUUCUUAUUUCUUUCGCUGAAUAAGAACCUCUUAAGAAUUUUGUACGAAUCAAAAAGUUAGUCAAUACUGAGCAACAUAUGUACGAAAUGUUUUUUGAUUAAUAUUUUAUAAAAAUAUUUAGAUGCAAAACAUUUCAUACAUGCAAAACUACAAAUAUUUAUACACGACUGAAUUAAAAUAAUGACUAAGGUUCGGCUAAAAAUUUCACAUCCGUCCACGAUAUAAUCGUUGUUGUAUGAAUGUAGAAAUUUAUUUUGUAUGCAGUAUUGUACAUAGGAGCACAUAUUUUAUACUUUUUUUUACAUUAGUUUUAAUGUUACGAGUAUACGUAAAAUAUACGCUACAAUAGUAAUAUAUUGAACGACAGCUAUAUGCUUAAGCAAGUCGUUUUUGUAUGUUUUUUACCAUAAAAGUAAGAGCAUUAGAUUAAUGGUGUAUUUAUAUUACACUUCUACUUUUAUAGUAUCGUUAAACACGUAGUUAUAGCCGAAUCGAUCUCAAUAUUACCGUUGUCACGAUUUCCAUAGUACAUACAUAGCUUUGUAGUAUGUACUAUCUUAUGGUACCUAAUUACAAAGAUAUUGUUACAUUGCACAACAGAUUUUAUGUAUUGUUUAGUACAUAAGAUGUUUAUACUGUACUAAAAGAGGUAUUUACAAUUUAUGCUAUAUGUACACAUAGUACACUCAGAAUAAGAUUUUGUAAUUAAAGUAUACUAGACAAGCAAAUUCGACUUGUUCAAACUU